AUGGAGAAGGGCCAGGACCAUGGAGAGGGGUCAGGACCAUGGAGAGGGGCCUGGACCAUGGAGAGGGGUCAGGACCAUGGAGAGGGGCCUGGACCAUGGAGAGGGGCGAGGACCAUGGAGAGGAGCCAUGGAGAGGGGUCAGGACCAUGGAGAGGGGUCAGGACCAUGGAGAGGGGCCAGGACCAUGGAGAGGGGCCCGGACCAUGGAGAGGAGCUAGGACCAUGGAGAGGGGCCUGGACCAUGGAGAGGAGCCAGGACCAUGGAGAGGAGCCAGGACCAUGGAGAGGAGCCAAGACCAUGGAGAGGAGCUUGGACCAUGGAGAGGAGCCAGGACCAUGGAGAGGAGCCAGGACCAUGGAGAGAAGCCAGGACCAUGGAGAGGAGCCAGAACCAUGGAGAGGAGCCUGGACCCUGGAGAGGAGCCAGGACCAUGGAGAGGAGCCAGGACCAUGGAGAGGAGCCAGGACCAUGGAGAGGAGCCAGGACCAUGGAGAGGAGCCAGGACCAUGGAGAGGAGCCAGAACCAUGGAGAGGAGCCUGGACCCUGGAGAGGAGCCAGGACCAUGGAGAGGAGCCAGGACCAUGGAGAGGAGCCAGGACCAUGGAGAGGAGCAAGAACCAUGGAGAGCAGCUUGGACCAUGGAGAGGAGCUAGGACCAUGGAGAGGAGCCAGGACCAUGGAGAGGAGCCAGGACCAUGGAGAGGAGCUUGGACCAUGGAGAGGAGCUAGGACCAUGGAGAGGAGCCAGGACCAUGGAGAGGAGCCAGGACCAUGGAGAGGAGCUUGGAUCAUGGAGAGGAGCCAGGACCAUGGAGAGGAGCCAGGACCAUGGAGAGGAGCCAGGACCAUGGAGAGGAGCCAGGACCAUGGAGAGGAGCUUGGAUCAUGGAGAGGAGCUAGGACCAUGGAGAGGAGCCAGGACCAUGGAGAGGAGCCAGGACCAUGGAGAGGAGCCAGAACCAUGGAGAGGAGCCAGGACCAUGGAGAGGAGCCAGGACCAUGGAGAGGAGCCAGAACCAUGGAGAGGAGCCAGGACCAUGGAGAGGAGCCAGGACCAUGGAGAGGAGCCAGGACCAUGGAGAGGAGCAAGAACCAUGGAGAGGAGCUUGGACCAUGGAGAGGAGCCAGGACCAUGGAUAUGCAUGAAGCCAAAACUAAUCACUCAUACUUUAUGUUCCCCUAUGUCCUGGUGCUGUGUGCUGCUGGUUAA